GGAACUGGUUUGUAAUUUUCUGGUUUGUCGCCUCUCCAGUGUACUGUUUCAGACAUGUGUGGCCUCAGAUUCAUCACGAUACAAGUUGAGCUGCUUUUUUGCUACCUCCUGCUGCACCCUGUGGAUGCCAUUUCAUAUGGAAACCAGACAAAUAUUCUGAUGCACCUUCCCUCAUCCUUGAGGUCCUGGCCACCCUCCUCAGACCCUUUGUUCUGCCAGACCCUGCUCCCAAAGUCCCUGCCUGGCUUCACCCACAUGGCCCCUCUACUCAAGUUCUUGGUAGGCUUGCCACUGCUGAUCACCCUGGAGAAAGCUGGCUGCCAGGCUGAUACCUGGGCCCUGCAACUUCAGUUGUAUCAUCAGGGGGGUGUGAAAGCUACACAGAUCCUCAUCCGGCAUCUUCAAGGGCUCCAGAAAAGCAGAAGCACAGGGAGGGCAGUUUCAGUGGAUGCCCUGGCCUCUACUCUACAGCUGUUGACCAGGGAGCAGCCGGGCCCACAAAGAGCCCAACGAUCCCUACCCAUCAAUGACUGUGAACAGGAGCAGGAGCAGGGUGUGCACGAUAUAGUCCAGCUGUUGCCAGGAGUGGGAACCUACUACAACCUGGGCACAGCUCUGUAUUAUGCUGCUCAGAACUGCUCAGACAAGGCCAAGGAACGAGGCCAAGAUGGGGUCAUAGAUAUGGGUUAUGACUUUCUGAUGACCAUGGUUGGGUUAUCUGGGGGACCCACAGGACUACUAAUCAGCGCUGCACUUAAACCUGCAGUGAAGACUGGGAUUCAACAGUUGAUCCAGUAUUACUAUGUGAAUGAGGCAAACACCCCUCUGCCAGAGAUCAGCGAAGAGACCUGGGGGAGGGCUUUAAAUGUGAGUGACCUGGAAGAAACAACUUCCAAGGCCCUUUGACCUUAGUGUCGCACCAUUAUUAAUUCAGGGCUUAUUUAAUAGCUAUGACUUAUGCCAUCUUGAGAUGGCGGUCUUGGGAUGUAAAAGGUGGUCCUAACAGAAUGAACAAAUCUAAUAUUUUAACAAGCUGUAAUGUGUGUUUCUUCAAAAUCCAAAUCUCUGGUUUGUUAUCAAUGAGGAAGGCAGUUCUGUACAAUGCAGAGUUUUUUCUUUUUUAAUGUCUAUUUAUUUUUAGAGAGAGACAGAGAGAGCGUGCAAGCAUGUGCACGUCCAGGGGAGGGGCAGAGAGAGAAGGAGACAGGAUCCGAAGCAGCUCUCUGCCCUGACAGCAGAGAGGGAUGCAGGGCUCAAACUCAUGAACCGUGAGAUCAUGACCUGAGCCGAAACCAAGAGUCCGUUGCCUACUGAGCCACCCAGGCUCCCCCAAGUACAGGUAUUUUAUUUUCUAUCAAAAAAUUUUUUAAUGUUUGGGGCACCUGUGUGGCUCAGUCAGUUGAGUGUCUGGCUUUGGCUCAGGUCAUGAUCUCACAGUUUGUGAGUUCAAGCCCUUCAGGCUCUGUGCUGACAGC